GAGGGAGUAGGUAGAGAUUCUGAUAGAGAAGAAAGGAAAACACAGAAAGCGAUACAGAUUUGUAAUCAAAAGUCUCGAGGAAGAAUAGAAUCCUUCUGAUUCAGACAAAGACACAUGUUUUGAGAGGAAGAUGUGAAUGGUUGGAUCUUUGGGUCAGCGCUGAUAAGACAAUACAUGAGGAUGGAUCGGGGAAGCAUAGUGUGGUUUGGGUUCUUGUUCUUGUUGAUGUUUGAGUUCACAAUGGAGCAGAUUGAGCCACUGAGUUCCGACAUUGAGCGAGCAGCACUCCUCGAAUUAAGGCAUUCUCUGGGGUUGAGGAGCAAGGAAUGGCCAAUAAAGCCAGACCCUUGUUUAAUGUGGAUUGGUAUAACCUGCCAGAAUGGUCGAGUUGUUGAUAUCAAUAUCUCUGGCUUUAUAAGAACAAGACUGGGGAGGAGAAACCCACAAUUUGCCGUGGAUGCCUUGUCCAAUUUCACUCUCUUGCAGUCCUUCAAUGCCUCCAAUUUCCUCCUUCCUGGUCCUAUUCCUGAUUGGUUUGGUCUCAAACUCCCUUCACUCCUUGUGCUUGAUCUUCGUUCUUGCUCCAUCAUUGAUGCUAUUCCUUCCACUCUUGGCAAUUUAACCAACCUCACUAGUCUCUAUCUUUCUGAUAACCAUCUUACUGGGACAGUUCCUCAUAGUCUUGGUCAACUCUUUGCCCUUUCGGUUCUUGAUCUUUCCCGGAAUUCUCUAACUGGGUUCUUACCUGCGUCCUUUGCCUUUCUUGAAAAUCUUUAUUCCCUUGACAUGUCUGCAAAUUUGUUGUCCGGGCCGAUUCCCCCGGGUAUAGGAUCCCUUUUAAGGCUACAGUACUUGAAUCUUUCCAACAAUGGCCUAACUUCUUUACCUGCACAAUUGGGAAGUCUUACUAGCCUACUUGACCUUGAUCUUAGUGCAAAUUCUUUCUCUGGUGGAGUGCCUCCGGAUUUCAAAGGGUUGAGUAACUUGCGGACAAUGAUACUUGCAAACAAUAUGCUCAAUGGACCCCUGCCGGGGAACUUGUUUACUGCUUCAACGCAGUUGCAGCUUGUAGUGCUGAGACAAAACAAUUUUACAGGUUCUUUGCCUGUUGAGUUGUGGUCUCUGCCAAGAUUGACCUCCCUCGAUGUGUCUGCCAAUAACUUCAGUGGUCUGCUUCCCAAUUCUAGUUCCACUGCUAAUACUACUGUUGCCGUGCUCGAUAUUUCUAAUAAUAUGUUUUAUGGAAACCUCACUCCGGUGCUCAGAAGGUUCGUUCGCAUCAAUCUUUCAAAGAAUUAUUUUGAGGGCAAGGUUCUGGAUUUCAUGCUUGAUGUAUCUCUAGAGAUCAACUGCCUUCAAAGCGUGGCAAAUCAAAGGACAACAACGGACUGUGCAGCAUUUUAUGCAGAUAAGGGCCUCAAUUUUGAUAAUUUUGGAAGCCCAAAUUCUACAGAACCUCCUACCUCUGGGAAGAGCAGUAAAACUAAGGGCAUAUUGGCAGGAGUCUUGGGUGGACUGGGUUUAUUUGCACUUUUAGUGUUGCUUCUGUGCAUUCGUAAGAGGGGUAAUUCAAAUCAAAGGCGAAAUGGUGUGGGCCCUGCUCCUGCUGGAGGGAGUCCUCCACAUCCCACUGUAUCAAUCAACUAUCCAAAAGUUGGAGACUCAUUUACAUAUCAUCAGUUGCUCCAGGCCACAGGAGAUUUCAAUGAUGCAAAUCUUAUCAAACAUGGCCACACUGGGGAUUUCUUCAAUGGAGUUUUGGAAAGUGGGAUUCCUGUCGUCGUCAAAAGGAUUGACAUGCGAUCAACUAAAAAGGAUGCUUACCUAUCGGAAUUAGACUUCUUCAAUAAGGUUUCUCAUCAAAGAUUUGUUCCCUUUUUAGGUCAUUGCUCAGAAAAUGAGAAUGAGAAGUUCCUGGUAUAUAAAUAUCUGCCAAACGGGGACUUGUCUAAUUGCUUAUACUACAAAAACACUACAUCUGAAGAUGGUAGUUUGCAGUCACUGGACUGGAUAACUAGGUUAAAAGUUGCUACUGGAGCAGCAGAGGCCCUAUCGUAUUUGCAUCAUGAAUGUGUUCCACCCAUUGUUCACAGAGAUAUUCAAGCGAGCAGUAUACUUCUAGAUGAUAAAUAUGAAGCACGGUUAGGGAGUGUAAGUGAAACCUGUGUUCAAGAAGGCGAUACUCAUCAAAGUAAAAUCACCCGGUUUCUGCGGUUGCCUCAGUCCUCUGAACAAGGCACAUCUGGUUCAUCAACAUCAGCUUGUGCCUAUGACAUUUAUUGCUUUGGGAAAGUGUUACUUGAGCUGGUGACUGGUAAGCUGGGAAUUAGUGCAUCCAGUGAUGGUGAAAUAAAAGAAUGGUUCGAUCAGAUUCUACCUUGCAUUAGUAUGUGUGACAAGGAGCUCGUGACAAAAAUUGUUGAUCCGUCUCUGGUUGUUGAUGAGGAUUUCUUAGAGGAAGUGUGGGCUAUAGCCAUUGUUGCCAGGUCUUGCCUAAAUCCCAAACCUUCAAGAAGACCCCCAAUGAGAUACGUUCUCAAGGCUUUGGAAAAUCCUGCAAAAGUUGUGAGGGAAGAAAAUUCCGGCUCUGCACGGCUUAAAGCAAGCUCUUCCAGAGGCUCUUGGAAUGCUGCUGCUUUUGGUAGUUGGCGUCAGAGUUCAUCCGAUGUAACAGUAAUUCCAAUAGCCUCUAGCACAAUGCUAGAAGGAACUAGUAGCUCAAAGCUUUCAGGAACUACCAGCUCACGAUCACAGGGUAGCAUCCACAAUGGUGGGUGUGAUAGUUCAUCACCUCGGAGACGUCAGCCAAAAGAGACAUUGCCAGAGCCAUCUGGCUUACAUGAUGUAGAGGGGCGGAAGCAGGAAUAGAGGCUUAAGUCUUAGAUUUCUUUCGGUAAUUAUACUGCUCCUUUUUUCUUCUUGUUCACUUAAUAGUACCCCUUAUGCUCUUAUUGUUUUGGUCAUUCAUUUCUUGGGUAUUUGGAAUUGGAAAGUGCUCAUUGUACAUUUCAGCAGACAAAGUGGCACUCAAUUCCUUGCACACUCUAUCAUACCUUUCAAAGGGGGUGAUUGUAUUUCUUUUUAGUGGUUUUGAACUCAAAAAAAAUGGUGGAGAGAUAGAUGUAGAGAGCGAGAAGGCCAAGUGCUGUGGUAGAUAUGGAUACUUCUUUGAUUGCUUGUUUUGAACUAAACAAGCUGCAAUUUUUUCCCUUGUAAUAGAUUUUCUUUUUUUUUAACCCCUUGUCUCGAGUCGUCUAGUGUAUUGUAAAUUUUAAUAUGUCAGUUUCUUCAU